AUGGCCCAAUUUCUCGUCAAGCUUCUCUUGCUAACAACAGCCACGCUAACGCUCCAUGUACUACCUUUUCAGGCUGCAGAUACUUCUUGUUUACCAUCUGAUGUAUUGUGGUUGUGGAGCGGUGCGCUGACUUCUCGUUCUAUUACAUUUAAAUUUGGGUUACGCGAGGGUUACACUUGUGUCGAUUCGGACUUUGUACUGUAUGCGUUCCCAGAACUGCUGGAGGGUGAGAAACGUCAUUCAGUCAUUACAAAUUGCUCGAGUGUGGACGGAGGAGAAACAGGAGAUGGGGAAGUGAGAAGUCUUUCAUCUUAUGACGCCCCUAACGUUAAGCAGUGUAUCUUUUCCGAUCUUCCACAUAGUGACAGGAAAUACCAAUAUGAGUUACGACUUCUGACAAACGAUGAGAUUGUGCGGAAAGGUAGUUUUACGACACCUCGAACGGAAGGGACUUCUUUUAACUAUCGAGUAGUUUUUGGCUCUUGUGCUGACGAGAAUUCCGAUCCAGAAAUCUUUCACGAGAUCAAGAACAAAAAUCCAUUUUUGUUUCUGCAUAUCGGAGAUUUGCAUUAUCACAAUAUAAAGGUCAACGCUGUCGCGGCAUUUCGAAACAGCUACAACUCGAUCUUUGCAUCACCAGCCGGUCAAGCGAUGUUGGCAAUGGAUGUUCCGUUUGUAUACAUGUGGGACGACCAUGAUUUCGGUCCGGAUAAUAGCGACUCAACUGCUCCAGGACGGAAUGCUUCGGUCCAAGCGUAUCAUGAAAUGGUACCCCAUUAUCCAUUCGGUGGAGGACGUUCUCGCUCAAAUACUGUUCAUCAAGCUUUUACAAUUGGCCGAGUUCGGUACCUGUUAACCGAUUUACGCUCAGGUCGAACUCCAAAUACUGCUCCCGCUGCACCGACAAAGACGGUUCUUGGUAAAAAGCAAAAAAAUUGGUUCAAGAAUGAGCUUCUUCAAGCGACAAAUGACCCAACUAUUCGACUUAUUGUGUGGGUAAAUACCAUGCCUUGGCUAGAUGAUGAGCGCAAAUGGGGUCAUUUUGUGCAUGAACAGCAAGAGCUUGUAAAUUUUAUCAAAGGACAUGGGCUGAACAAAUGGGUACCGAUUGUUAUAGUGAGUGGAGACGCGCACAUGUUGGCGGUGGAUGACGGAAGCAAUAGUCCUGGCAAUAUGACGGUUCUUCAUGCAGCUGCUUUGGGACGACCAGGCUCAAUAAAAGGAGGACCGUAUAGCCAUGGGGCCUUUCCAGGAUCGGGGCAAUACGCAGUGCUGGACGUGACUGACGAUGGAGAGAAGGAAGGUAGUGUCUGUCUUUACUACAGAGGAAUGAAUAUUUACAAGGGACAGUUAAUUGAGUUCGAUACAUGCCAUCCCGAAAACACGCCACCAGUGACGCCGUAUCAUCCGCCGCCAAUUCCUGUCCGUGUAUUGCUGCGAAUGUUUAAGAAGAUCAAAAAAUACAAAGUGACUGCAACAAUCGUGGUGAUGACUUUCUUUGCGAUAUUUGUCAAGAGGAUUAGACGUUUUCAAGCUACUGAGUCGAAAAAACGCACUUGA